GGAAGAAUCUUAAUCCGAAGAGCGGCGUUUCUCCCUUUGAAUUCAAUCUUCAAUCCACUAUGUUUCAGCUAAACUCCUCGAGGUUCUUAAAACGUGUCUACUAAGAAGAGGAUUUCACGUCUUUGUAAAGAAUGUUUUGUUCCGCUCCCUAACCAACGUGGGAUCUCACAAUCUACACCCCCUUCGGAGUCCAAUUGGCACUCGCUCCUCUCUCCAAGGCCGAAACCCAACUAGGUCUUGCCCGAGUUACAAUGCGUCUCAAAAGGGUUGGCCUCUUGGCUCAUCCGACAAUUUAGGGUCUUACCUUAGUUUGAGUUCGAUGAGAUUUUGGGCACGAGUGCAAGAAGAAACAUACUAAAGAGCAUAAAAAGAUGAAACGCAUAAUCCACUCAAUCUUUGAAAAUUCCGCCAUGGUUUUUGGCUUGAAUCAAGUACCAUCUUUCGAUAGUCUAUUACAAGCAAACAUUAUAAGUAACAAAGAUGAUCAUUCGAAACGGUACGCCCAAAACAAUCCUCAAGCUCACAUAAACAUUUUUCGUUCUAUUUAUUAGUUGUGAAAAAAUUUUCGUUACAUAAACAUUUUUCCAGUCCUAUCACAGUCAUGUCAAGAUCACGACAAUGCAUGGUUAAAAAUAUUCGACCGUGACACUAAACACCAACGAGAAAGACGUUAGUAGUUUUUGAUCGAGUCGAUAACUCAAAUCUCUCUUUUUGUGCUAUUCCUACUCGUAAAGCAGGAAGAAGACAAGAAAAUGCAGGUUGGAUGGAUGUCACCUUGAUUGAAAUCUUCGUAAUUAGACCAAACCGUUCUGUCGAGAAGACAAUUCAAGCUAUAAACCUUUAAAAUGAGAUCGGAUUUAUAUGAACCGAACCGAACCAAUCCAAACCGCCAAAUUCAUGUCUCUCCUCCAUUCCGACCAAAAGUAACUAACAACACAAAUUCACAGUAGAGAGAGAAAAUCGUGGGUUCAGAAGUUGGGGGUUUCAUGGAGAUUGAUUAUAACUGUUUCCUUAUUUAUUCCAAAUUCAAAAACAUCCCUGUUCUUCUUUUCCUCUUCAAUGGCGGCUCUCACUUUUUUCUCCAAUUUUUACUCUGACCCUUCUUCAAUCAAUCCCCAAUUCCCCUGUUUCUCCCCCGAAAUGUCGCCGGACCUCUUCUUUCUCCCUCCGCCGCACCUCGAUUACGUCCCUGCCAUGCCCGAUGACUCUGUUUUUAUCCCAACUGUCGCUCCGUUCUUCGACAACGCUUCUCCGUUUCUUUUCUCCGACGUCUACCCGUAUUUCUCCGCUGAAUUCUUCCCUUUUGAUGAAUUUGAGUUUCAUUACUCCAAACGCCAGAGGAUCGUGCUGGAGCAGAGUUUUUGCUACGGUGGUGUUGGUGGUAAUGUGGGUGGCGGCGGUGGCGGAUGUGGCUACUUUCCUUCGAGUUUGUUGGAUGGGAGAAUGGAUAAUGCUGAAAUGAUGAACAAUGGCAAUUGCUCGAAGACGAAACAGUUGGCGUCACCGAGUAACGCCUUAUCGGUGCAGACAAUUGCGGCCCGGGAACGGCGGAGGAGGAUUACGGCGAAGACGCAGGAGCUUGGAGAGCUGAUUCCGGGCGGUGUCAAGAUGAACACUGCUGAAAUGCUUAAUUCUGCUUUCAAAUAUGUCAAAUUCUUGCAAGCCCAAGUCGCCAUUUUACAACUUAAGCAAGAAACAGAGCAUGAACUAGAAGAACAAGAAACAGAGGAUCUGCAGAUUCUUGAAUCCGCCAUGAUUCAAGAGAAAUUAUACUCAGAAGAACAGUGUUUAGUUCCAAAAGGGUUUGUUCAAAAUCUUGCUAAUUUCCCGGAGAUUCAAUCCCAUCCGUUCAUUUCAAACUCCAUCAAUCAGAUCCUUAAAACAAGCAGCUAGAAAGAACAGUUGAGAGUGAUCAAAUGCAGAAGUAUCUUGUUCAUCAUUUUGUUUUGUUCUUUGUUGUUGUUAUAUAGAUUCUAGUUUAGUUUAAUUUAGAGAUUAGUUUCGAUGAGAUGCUAACCUCAUGAUGAUCAUUAACUGUUCUUUGUCAAACUUUAUCAUUUGAUUAAAUGAAACCCCUUUUCAUUUUCUUGCUUCGUUUGUAUAAGUAAGUGACUUGCGAGAUUUUCUCGACUGCCAAAUCGUAGGUUUAUAAGUAAGAAAUACGUCUCUAUUGGUAUGAGCUCUUGUGGAGAAGUCAAAAGCAAAAUCAUGAGAACUUAUGCUCAAAGUGGACAAUGUCAUACUAUGGUACACUAUGGUGGAGCGUCGUGGUUCCUAACAUGAUAUCAGAAUCAGCCCUUAACUUAGCCAUCAAUAGAAUCCUCAAAUGUCAAAUCUAGAAGUUAUGAGAUUUGAAGAUGUAGUCAAAAGUGAUU